UCUCCUCCGGUACCCGAAUCAGGUUCAGAAUGAAAGAACUAAGGUAGUUUAUAGGUGAGCAUUAAAUCAAGAAUACCGACUUCAUGCUAUGAAUAAAAAAGAUCAACAGAAUUGGAAGCUUUCCUAAUUAGUGACUGACUGUAACCGUACACUAUUUUACUAGCAAAAUCCAUGCAUUAUUUGUUUGAUUUUAAUGAAACGCUCUAUUGAAAUAAAAGCGAAAAAGCUCAUAUUGAUAUUGCGCGUGUGAAAGACGUCUUGGGCAGUGACAAAUCUACCGAUAAUGCGCGAAGUAUACAGGUUUAGGAGGUUAGAAAUCAUUCGUUUACGGGUGGUUGUCCCUAUAUCCUUGUCUUGGAACCACCACUGUCGCUUUGCCCGAAUAAGAACUUCUUCUAGACGCUGAAUCGUGCCCGCGUUCCAAGAUGACUAAAAAUGAUAGCAUUGCAUCACAUGAUACCCGAUGUGCAUGCUGUAUGGAUGACCGUUCAUGGACAUGUGUCCUCGUAGGCGUUAUUACUUUUGGCUUCAUUGGUGGUUGCAUCGCGGCUCUGAUUGUUACACAAACCGGUCUUAUGGAGUAUUACAGACCAACGCCUUACGUGCCACCAAACAAAGCAUUCUCUGUCGACUAUCUUUCGCAAGGUUAUCGAUAUGAUUUUUACAAGGAAAAAGAAACAUAUGAGAACGCUCACCGGAUUUGUGAACUACAUAAUACAUCACUAUUAAUGUUCAACAGCAGUCAGGAGGAAAAGGAAAUUGACUGUUAUUUAAACGUCCGAAAUAACGCAGAAGAAGAGCAGCUCACUUUAUGGCUAAACGAAACAGUUAUAUUUGGAGGGCCACAUAUGUACGCAAGACUUGCUUCGUUUUUUUCCCACAACAGAGAAGAGGUUGUUUUAAAGACGAUCCAGGUCUUUGCAGAAAAUGGGUGUGAUAUCCAGAAAAAUUUCGCCGAAAAUCAAGAAAUGUGGACGGCUGACCAGGAAAACAACUCGACCGAGACAACAUACUACAUAGAGAAAUUAUAUGGAAACAAUGGCUUGCGUAGUAUGACACAAGGAGGCACUAAUGGCUGUUGGAAUCUUGUCCGUUGGAAUUUGGCUUUGGCUAAAAAGCAUAAUUUUAUCUGCAAAUCACAACAGGCAGACGAAAUAGUUGACAAGGUCUCAUACUGGGGAUAUAACCAGCACAAGUCCUUCGCGAAAAUGUAUUGUAAUACAUGAAAAUUCUGCCAGAAUUUGACGUUAUUCCCUACGUUUGUCUGAGCAUCAAAUACCUCAUAGUAAAUAAACAACAAGUUCAAUUCUAGCUAAAGUUAUUUUGCUCCCUUUAUUUGUUAAUUGUGAAUGAAACAACAAAGAGUAGUGCUUCUAACAUCCAUUGGAACCUCCUUUUGACCGAAAUAUUGAACAAAAUGUGACAGAGAUGAUGAGAGACUUGUUAAAACAUUAGGCUGAAAAUCACCAUUCGCUGAUCCUUCCUACUUCUUUGUGUGAUGGUGAUUUUUAUCGUCUUCGAGGUCACGCUCGGCGUGCUCCUCACUGUCAUGUCCGCUGUUGCUGCGGGACUCGGCUUCUAGAUCUUCAAAGUCUUUGGUGUUGCCAAAUGACGAGAGUUCAGAAGCUUUAUUGGUUCCGUAUCCUGUGGCCGUCUACUUCGUUCAACAAUACCUUGUGUAGUAUUAAGAAAAGUAAGUUUUCUUUUGCUAUUUAUAUUUACCUGUCCCAACUGAAAACCAGAACGGGGAGCUUGGUUCUCCUCGGCCUGAUGCUGCUUCGAGUCCGCUGAUUCGUAGUUCUUUUUACCAUGCUGAGUUGCAACAUUAUGGCUCCCAUGAUGAUCCUUGCCGUGGUCCAUUUCAGUCAAAGUUUGACAAAACCGUACAGUUAAGGCGGAGGUAGAUUCAAGAUUAUUGGUUAUUGCGCUCUCGCACUGUCAUUAUAUAGCUGCCCACUCUUAGUUGGUUGCCGAGGAAACACGGGCAUUGGCCAGCAUCAACAAAAUAAUCGAAAACAAAGACUGCUAGUUGGGGAAGUUGGUGAAUGCAUUACUCGGAAACUUUCAUAUUCAGUGAACUCGUGAAUUAAAGAACAGGUUUGGGAUACUAUGUUAGGUUACCAACGUAUUGUUCCGUAACCAGACAGUUAGGCAGAUCGGUCACCAUGGUUUCGACGCAGUAAACAUAAAACCACAUCAUCUUUAGAAAUGUAUCAACCAGCACAGAUUCAGUUUUAUCACCCAAGCCCAUACAGAAUCUAAUGGAACUUCAUUUGUGGGGAAAGAUUUAAUCAUUCGAAACAA